CACAGCGGUGAGCCAUAAUCCUGGCGCUCCGUCCUCCUCUCGGGUCAGGGAUGCUCCUACGCAGACAAAGGAAGGAGGUCUCCGUGUGUGAGUGCGUGUGUGAGUGUGUGUGUGUGUGUGUGGGGGGGGGAUAAUUAUCCUCCUGCCUAGAGAAGGGAAAAAAGUUGCAGCUUCAAAGACACACACACACACUGCCACAUCACACACCGCCGUCUACUGCUCUAUACCCGACAUGCAUUUAGGACUUCUGGUGCUGUUUCUCUCCUUGGAGAGGAGUUGUUGGUGCGCACCGCAGCAGACUUGUUUUCCAGGAGACGAGCUUUUAGGAAGAUGCAGCAGCAACAACGCGGUUGGAGACAAACCUACCUGUACAGAGCUGAACCUGGGCUACUGUAAUGAUAUGGAAUACUCUAGGACCAUAUUCCCCAACACCCUUGGCCACCGGAGUCGCCUGGAGGCCGAGUCAGGGCCGGAGUACCUCCUGCUGAGCGUCAUCCAUGGCCUGCUCAACGGGGAGUGCUCCCCUGAGAUACGUCUCCUGAGCUGCUCGGUUCUCGCCUCACCCUGCAAGGACGACAAGAUGAUCAAACCCUGCCGCAGCACAUGCGACACAUUGAGGAGGGACUGUGCCCAUGCCUUUGAAUCCAUCGAAAUGGCCUGGCCCUACUUCCUAGAUUGCGACCGCUUCUUUGCCAGCGAACGGGAGGGCUGCUUUGACCCACUGGCGGGGCUGAAAGCCAGACAGGAGCUGGAAAUGUCCAACCUCUCUCCUGAAGCACCCAGCACCAUCAUCCAGUUCACCUACACCUCCAACGCCCAGAUGUACAGCCUGCUGAAGAGAACAGCGGCCAAGUGCUCCCAAAUCUCUCAUGUCUACAGCAUCGGACGCAGCACAGAGGGCAAGGACCUGCUGGUUAUUGAGUUCAGCAACAACCCAGGACAGCACGAGCUAUUGGAGCCAGAGAUCAAGCUGGUGGCCAACAUGCAUGGCAACGAGGUGCUGGGCCGCCAGCUGCUCAUCUACAUGGCCCAGUACCUGUGCUCAGAGUACAUACUGGGGAACCAACGAAUUCAGACCAUCAUCAACACCACCCGCAUCCAUAUUCUGGCCUCCAUGAAUCCAGAUGGCUAUGAACUGGCCGCCUCAGAGGUAGAGGAUAACUAUGACCCGGAGCUCAACAACCAGGAAGGUCACUUGUUGAACGGUUGGACCAAUGGACGAACCAACGCCCAGAGUAUUGACCUCAACCGCAACUUUCCAGACCUCACCUCCAUUUUCUACCGGAACCGCCGCAGCAGGCACUACCGCAUUGACCACGUCGCGAUCCCUGACGCCUACUGGUUUGGCAAGGUGGCACCAGAGACCUAUGCUGUGAUGAAGUGGAUCAGGUCACUGCCAUUCGUUCAGUCUGCCAGCCUCCACGGAGGGGAUCUGGUGGUCUCCUAUCCCUUCGACUUCUCCAAACACCCGCAUGAGGAGAGGAUGUUCUCACCCACUCCAGAUGAACAGGUUCUCAAGCAGCUGGCUCGUACCUACGCAGACGCCCACGAAACCAUGUCAAACAACGACACUGAGAGGUGUGGAGCCAACUUUUACCGAACUAGGGGCAUCAUCAAUGGGGCAUUGUGGUACAGUUUUGCUGGUGGUAUGUCCGACUUCAACUACUUGCACACUAAUUGUCUGGAGAUCACCGUGGAGCUCGGCUGUGACAAAUUCCCCUCUGAGGGCGAGCUUUACCCAGAAUGGAAGAGGAAUAAGGAAGCUCUGCUCAGUUUUAUUGAGUCUGUCCAUCGAGGGAUAAAGGGAGUAGUUACGGAUGUUGAUGGAAAUGGGAUAAAAGGUGCAACUAUCUCUGUCAGGGGGGUUAGGAAAGAUGUCACCUCAGCUGAAGAUGGAGACUACUGGCGGCUGCUGAACCCCGGCACUCACAUCCUGACAGCCACAGCCAAGGGUUACUCCAGGGUCAAUAAGAGGGUUUAUAUGCCUCACAGCAUGACCAAGGCUGGACGUGUCGACUUUGUCUUGGCGAAGGUUCCCAUUGAGCCCGAUAUCGACGACCACCUCUUCCCCACAGUAGACACAUGGGAUCGAUUCGACCCAUACAACCAGUUUGAGCGCUACAGCGAGACAGACGUAAGUGCUGGAGGGAUAGAGCGAGAGGAAAAACCAUGGUGGUGGAACUACUUCUCCCAGUCUGGCAUCUCACCUCCACACUGGCUGCUGCGAAGUGUCUAGACGCAUUACAGGACAAUUAAGAUCUCAGCAUACCACUGCGAGACUGGUGAUGGGCGUCCAGGUCCACUGGUGCUCUCAGAGGUGUCUACAUAGCAAGAGCUGUGACAUUAAGAUCAGCUGCACCUAAAUAGGUUUCAGUGCUUCCUGGAAGUAGGGUGUGAACAGGCUUUUUUUUUUUUUUUACACCAGGCAACAACUCUGAUUCUGGUCUGUAAGUGGAGUUUUGGCCACUAUUGCUUUGCUUUAACUUGUUUUAAGUAAACAUGUAACCACUGGGGAAUAAAGGAUUUAUGGAGGCCUCAAUUGUACAACUUUUAAAGAUGUCCACAGUCAAAAAUAAUUGUAUGCACUUAUUUGAAUAUUGUGAACACACAUUACAAUUUCACAUGUAACGGCAGCUGCAUAAAAUGUUUUUGUGCACACUUUUAAAAAUUGAGUUGGGUACAAAUUGAAAUAUAGAUUUGGUUGCUUUUUAUGAUCACAUUCCACAGCUGAAUUCCCUGUAGCAACAUUUUAUACAUUAUACCGGGCAUAAGUGCAACAGUCAAAAUUUUCUGGAAUUUAACAGCACCUCAUAUUGAGCAUCACUUGAUUAGCAACAAUACUGUGCCAAUUGUGAACAGCAGAACUUCUUGUUUUGUUUGUUUUUCACAAGCAUAACAAUAAAUAUGAAAUAUUUGUGGCAUA